AUGCGCUCAUCCUCUGCCGCUCCUCCAUCAAGUCCUCCUGCUUCAUCACCGCCUAUGCUACCACAACACGAUGAUCUCGACGACGUAGAAGACAUCAUUGAGCCCGAGGAGGACCAGAUCCAAGACAUUGACGACGCAGAUGAACUUAUCGAAGACGACAAUGGUGUUGAUUUGUUCGGCGACAACUUCGAGAACGACUACAGAAGACCCGCAGAUGAUUUCUACGAAGGCCAGGAUAUUGACGAUGAAGGAGAAUACGAUGAUCUGGAUCUGGCUUCCAGACGACAGCUCGAUGCCCGCCUCAACCGUCGUGAUCGCGAGCUCGCACGCCAAAGGAGACCCCAAGUAGCUCUGGACGAGGACGAGGAUGACUUGAUGGACCUGACCAGACAACCCCGCAGGCGGCGACACAGAUACGAUGAGGAGCAGGACGAUAUGGAUAUGACUGAAGAUAUCAUGACAGAGGAGCUCUCAGCCGAAGCUUUGGCAGACAUCAAGGCCUCGAACUUGACCGACUGGAUUGUCCAGCCCGCAGUCCAUCGUGGUAUCUCUCGUGAAUUCAAGUCAUUCUUGACUGAAUUCGUUGAUGACAACGGUAUCUCCGUCUACGGUGUCCGCAUCCGCACCCUGGGUGAGAUCAACGCCGAAUCCCUCGAAAUCGACUAUGACCACCUUAGUCUGACGAAACCAACACUGGCAUACUUCGUUGCCAACGCACCCACCGAAACCCUCUCAAUCUUCGACCGCGUUGCCAUGGAUGUCACUCUUUACCACUACCCCGACUACGAACGUAUCCACUCUGAGAUUCACGUUCGUAUCAUGGGUGUACCCACAGCUUACACAUUGAGAGAGCUGCGUCAAAAUCACCUCAACUGCCUUGUCAGGGUCAGCGGAGUUGUCACUCGUCGCACCGGUGUCUUUCCUCAGCUCAAGUACAUCAAAUUCGACUGCACCAAGUGUGGUGUGACUCUGGGUCCAUUCCCUCAAGAUUCGAACUCGGAAGUCAAGAUCUCCUUCUGCCAGAACUGCCAGUCCCGUGGCCCCUUUACAGUCAACUCCGAGAAGACCGUCUACCGCAACUACCAGAAAAUCACUCUUCAAGAGUCUCCUGGAACUGUGCCUGCCGGUCGUCUGCCUCGUCACAGAGAAGUCAUUCUUUUGUGGGAUCUCAUUGACUCGGCCAAGCCUGGUGAGGAAGUUGAGAUUACUGGUAUCUACCGCAACAACUACGAUGCUCAAUUGAACAACAAGAACGGCUUCCCUGUAUUUGCCACGAUCCUGGAAGCUAACCAUGUCGUCAAGUCUCAUGACCAGCUGUCUGGCUUCAGGUUGACCGAGGAAGAUGAGCGUGAGAUUCGUGCUUUGUCAAAAGACCCUCAGAUUGUCAACAAGGUAAUCAACAGUAUCGCACCCAGUAUCUAUGGCCAUACCGAUAUCAAGACAGCAGUCGCACUCAGUCUGUUCGGUGGCGUGAGCAAGGAAGCUCAAGGCAAGCAUUCCAUCAGAGGUGACAUCAACGUGUUGCUUCUUGGUGACCCCGGUACCGCAAAGUCGCAAGUGCUGAAGUACAUAGAAAGUACUGCACACAGAGCCGUCUUCGCCACCGGUCAAGGUGCUUCCGCUGUUGGUUUGACCGCCUCAGUAAGACGCGACCCUAUGACUUCAGAAUGGACAUUGGAAGGUGGUGCUUUGGUGCUUGCAGACAAGGGAACCUGUCUCAUCGAUGAAUUCGACAAGAUGAACGACCAAGACCGCACUUCCAUCCACGAAGCCAUGGAACAACAGACCAUCUCCAUCUCCAAGGCCGGUAUCGUCACCACCCUCCAAGCCCGCUGUGCUGUCGUCGCCGCAGCCAACCCCAUCGGCGGCAGAUACAACGGCACAGUCCCCUUCUCCCAAAACGUCGAACUCACCGAACCCAUCCUGUCUCGUUUCGACAUCCUCUGCGUCGUCCGCGAUACCGUGGACCCAGAAGAGGAUGAGCGUCUUGCCGCUUUCGUCGUAAACUCCCACGGCAGAGCUCACCCUACACUCAGUUCUUCGGCCAACGACGCACCAGUCAACAGCAUGCAAGAUGCCAACAUGGAAGUUGACGGCGACGUCGGAACAUCAAAACAAGGCGAGAUCCCGCAAGAACUGUUGCGUAAAUACAUCCUUUACGCGCGUGAGAGAUGUCGUCCUAGAUUGUACCAAAUCGACCAGGAUAAGAUUGCGAGAUUGUUUGCGGACAUGCGUAGGGAGUCGCUCGCUACAGGCGCUUAUCCCAUUACUGUCCGUCAUUUAGAAUCUAUCCUCCGAAUCUCCGAAUCCUUUGCGAAGAUGAGAUUAUCCGAAUACUGCAGCAGCACGGAUAUCGAUCGCGCAAUCGCCGUCGCCAUCGACUCUUUCGUCGGCAGUCAAAAGGUCAGCUGUAAAAAGGCGUUGGCUAGAGCGUUUGCCAAAUAUACUUUGGCUAGACCUGGUGCUGUGAGGAAGAAUAGAAAUGCUAGGGCUGGUGCUGCGCAGAAUGUCGGUGUUGUUGCUUGA